AUGUUGAAAUUCAAGGGUAUAUUUAAAGGCCUUAGCUUUAUUUUAUUAGCAGGAAACGCUUUGAGCCAAACAACUCAACAAGCCCCAACUUCGCAGCUUCUUCAAGAGCUUGCUCAGUACAGACAACAAUUUAGAAGAACAGUAGAUGGAAGACUCUGUUCUGCAGUAUUUGUACAAGACUUCCAAACAUAUACAGAUUGUACGAUUGCAAAAUCUCCAGAUGGAACUUCAGGAAGAGAGUGGUGUUAUGUUGAACCACAGGUAGCGUCCCAAGGUUCAAAGAACUGGAAUUAUUGUUUGCCAGUAGUAAACUAUGAUAUGCUCCGUACAAAGGCGAAUGAAAUAUUUGAAAUCAAGGCAAGAGAAUCAGCUAAGAUUGCAAAUCAAUUAGAUAAUCAAGCUUCAAGAUUAACUGACUUACUUGAGAGAUACAACAGUACUUGUGGUUCUCAACAAUCAAUAGUAAGCAGUAGAUUGGACAACAUUGAGUCAUUAAUUCAGAAAGGUCAACAUUGCCUAAAUAAGAUUGAAGAGUCAAUUACAAAAGUCGAUGUUUUAAAAACAAGUAUUGAUGAAUUAGAAAAAGAUAUAGUAAGAGACCGUGACUUUGCUUUGAGCAGACCAGAAAACUGUGAACUAUUACCAGGAUAUGAGGAUAUUCCUUUCCCUGAUGGUUUAAGAGGCUCAUACUAUGACAAUCCAAAGUUUGAUGGUGUUCCAAGAAACUAUAGAAAUGAUAGAAAUAUUAAUAUGAUGUACAUUUCAAAGGACCCAAUUGAUGGUGUUUCAAACCAACAAUUCUCUAUUAGAUGGGACGGAUUUUUACUCGCCCCUGAAUCAGGAAGGUAUUACUUCAGUAUUGAAGCUGAUUGUGGUGCCAGAUUAUUUUUAGGUGGAAGAGCUAUUAUUGUUGAUAGAAUGCCACAACCUUCCUCUGGGGAUGCUUCCUCUGACAGAGCUGUUCCACUGUUAUUGGAUGCAAGACAUGAUGGUCCAACUAAAGUUACUUCAGUAGCUCAAGAAUUAAUUGGUGGCCAAAAGUAUAGAAUUAGAGUUGAGAUGUUCCAUAGCAGCCAUCUUAGAUACAACAAUCCAGAUAUCGCUUCAAUUAAAUUGAUGUGGAAAACCUCAAAUAUUCAAGAACAGGUUAUUCCAAGUUCAUACUUUUAUACAGGAAACCCAAGACAGCCAUUAAAACUUUCAGGUGUUAACCCAGUAUUUUAUGAAAUCUCGACUUUAAGAAAUGGAGAAUUUGCUCACAAGGAUAGCAAUACUCACUACAUCGCAGAUUUACCAGCUGGAUUUGAGGGCUUAAAGAUGCUUAAAUCAUCAUCUUCUCCAGAAUUACACAAUAUGAAGGUGAGCGUUAACCAGCCAUGUACAAUGUUCAUUGCCGCUGAUGUUACUGAUAAAUUGCCUGUUACUGCUGAAAACUUGCAAUUUACCAACACAAAUUCUGUAUUCUCAAUCUAUAAGACUGACGAGGCUGACUCCACAAAAGCUGUUGAGACUCAAACAAUGAAGGUUGCUCAAGUAACUAUCCCAAAAGCAACUGAUAUUUCUCUCAGGGUUAAUGAAUCUAAACCUUUUAUUCUCUUCUUCAAGCAACACCCAACAGAAACAUCCUUAACUAAUACUCAGUGCUCCGAAAGAAAGCUCCUGAGCACUGACACUUAUAUUGAAUCUGUCAAAUCUUCAUCCUCUCAAAGCCCUGAAUUUGAUGGAGUUUAUGCAUUAAAAGGAAAGAAUCGUGAUGAGCCUUAUGGAGUUUGGAGAACAUCUGUAGGAAGUACUAUUGGUGAGAGCAUUACCAUCAGAUUCAAGCAACCCGUUGAAGUCACUGAUUUCCAAUUUAUUCCUUUAGAUAAUCCAUCGAUGUGGCCAGCUUCAUUGACCAUGUAUAUUAAACAACAGGUUGAUGAAAUGCAUGAAACUAAUAUCCAAGAGAAGUUCACUCUAGCCCACACUGCCAAUCCAAACUCCCACAAAUAUAUGUUACAGUACCCACUAACUGCAAAGGAGGUAAAGAUUGAGGUUUCUCAGAUGUUCGUUGAUAGUACUCAAACUGGAGGUUCUUUUAUGAUAUAUGGGAAAAGUUGCACAAAGGACACUACUACCACUACUUCUACAGAGUAA